GGCGGUCAUGGUUGCGGACACUGUAUGGCAGGUACGGUAAACGCACAUCCCGCAGAGAAUAUGGUAGAUGGUAAUACGAGCUGGUGGCAAUCUCCACCUCUAUCCAGAGGAAUGGAAUAUAACCAAGUCAACAUUACUAUCGAUCUUGAACAGGAGUUCCAUGUGGCUUACGUUUGGAUCCAAAUGGCCAAUAGUCCCAAGCCCGGAACAUGGAUUCUAGAAAGAUCAACCGACUAUGGAAAGACGUUCCAGCCAUGGUAUUAUUUCGCCGAAACUCCAGCCGAAUGCAUGAGGCAAUUCGGUAUGGAAUCCCUGUCACCAAUUUCCGAAGACGAUCGAGUCAUCUGUCGCUCGGACUUGGCUGGAAUACAUCCACUGGAAAACGCUGAGAUGGUUAUCAAAAUUUUGGAACACCGACCGAGUCGCUUCCAGUUUUCUUCGUCGGAAGCUUUGCAAAAUUUUACGAGGGCUACAAAUGUUAGGAUUCGGCUACUGGGUACGAGAACACUGCAAGGACAUCUAAUGCAUUUGCAUGAUAGAACGGAUCCGACUGUGACAAGAAGGGUAAGUUGA